UGGUAGUUGCGAAUUCGUUCAGUCCGUCACCGCUACCGCUUACACCAUGGUGAAAUUAUUAAUCCUGCUAGCCGUCCUCGGUGCGGCAACCGCCCUGGAAGUUCACCGCUGUGGCGAUGACUACCCCCAUCCCACCCUGGUCACCGUGCCCGGCUGCAACGUGAUGCCGUGCGAGGUUCCCAACCUGACCGACUUCAACUUCUCGGUCCGCUUCGCCCCUCCGAUGGCCACCAACACGCUGACGGUGGAGGCUUCCGCUCGGCUUGGUGACUUCAACGUGCCGUACGAGACGCCGGAGCAUCUGCGUGACGGGUGUGCCAACAUUGACGCAAGCUGUCCGCUUGCAGCGGGACAGGAGGUAACGUUGACGGGAACGGCCCCGGUGGAGGCACCGUUGACGCGCGUCACCGUCCGGAUGCGGUUCGAGAUCACCGGUGAUGGCGGCGCGAAGGCGACCUGCUUUGCGGCGGAUGUCAGGCUGAUUUAGAGGGGUGUAAAUGUUUAAACAUUUGGCAAGUUGGACCAACUGUGGUCUUAGCCUUACCCCC